UAGAAAAUAAUAAUGUCCCACACGACAAUAAUCAAAUGGUUUUGGAUAUGAUUCUUUGUUCUUUACUUGGAGUUCCUCAGCCUGUCAACUGGGAAAAUGUGGCAAGAUUGGUUCCAGGGUAUUCAUCCAAAGAGUGUGCAAAAAGGUUUGAUGAGCUGAAAAGCAAUGGAAGUUCUCCAGUGGAUAACCAGUUCAAUCCACUAAUGGCUAGUGGUUUGAAACCUGUAGAAACACUAGCUGGUUAUAUUAAAUCAUCACUUCUUGAUGCUCAGGAUGAGUUACAAGAACCCUCUUGUGAAAAUGAUGCAAUUUCUUUAAAUGGAAAGUCAAGUAUAGCUUCCUCAAGGAAUUGCUCUUCAGAAAGUGAGAAAUGCCCUGCACUUAAAGGUGGAGAAAAUGCUGAUGAAACUGAAGGGUAGGAAGAUGGCUGUUCCAUUUUAAACAGCUAGAUUAACCUUAGUCUUUUUGCUGGAUAGUUAUAUACUU